CUCUGAAUGCUGGGGCCACAGAGCGCUAUCACUCCGCUCCCGGGAGCUGAACCGGGUUGAGGUGCUGGCGGCUCAUCUACACCCUCCCCUCCCCUCCCCGACCUUCACAACCGCGGCGCAGGGAGGACGGUCUGCGAAGGGAAAUCGAUACAUUUGCCAGGGAGAGUGUCGCGAGUGACUGUAACCAGUCACAGUGUAACCAGUGUAAUCAGCGACUGUAACGAGUGACUAACUAAUCAACAGACUGACACUCCAGCCCUGCCAUCAAUUUGAGCUUUACACCCCGGCCCGUCCAUGGGUCGCCUCGCUGUGAGACCGGGAGCAGCAGCAGCCGGCAGCGGGUAGAGUUGAAAUUACACCCCAAUGCAAUUUCAGCUGCAGUUUCAAUGUUGCACCCCGGCCGCCGCCUGAUAUAAUGUAGCGCCGCCGAUCCCAGACGGAGCUGGCGAACGGACGAGGAGGAUACGCACUGUUUGCCCAAUGAGCCGGUGUUAUCUGCAAGUUGGAUUUGUUUGCCACAUCUCGGGCCGAGGGUGAGAGUCUGUCUCACCCACCAUGGCGCUGGCCCUUGGUCUGCUCGGCGGCGGUGGCGGUGGCGCCGCCUCUCCCCAGUCAACUCUCCACGACGCCGGCUGGCUGCUCCUGCUGCUACUGUUUGCGGCCUCCAUAGUGACUGUGCUGACUUGGCUGGUGCAGUACUCGGUCGGGAUUCUCCGGCGCUCCGGGACGGCCGCUCUCCAACACCGCCCUCCCGGCGCGCUGGGCUUGUGGACCUCGCUCCUGCAGCUCGGCUGCUCCCGGGAAGACAGCGCCUCCAGCUCCGGGCUUCGCCAUCUACUCGCCUCCCUCUCCUCCUUCAAGUCCUUCAGAGACAAUUGGCAGAAUGCGUGGAUCAAGGCGCUGAACGACCAGGCUUGUCGCAUGGGGAGCUCGGUGCAAAUCAGCUUUGAGGAAAGUCCCCAGCUGCCAUCAACGGCCUGCAUCAGCCAAGUGACUUGCAUAGACCAGUCGGAGCAGAGCAUGGUACUUUGCUGCAAUUUAGCGGUGGAUGCAAUACAGUUCCCCGUGUCUGUCACGCAGCAGUCUCCAGCUGCCGUGUCUAUGGAUUCCUACCAAGUCAUUCUGGCUCCACUUCAGGCUCAGAUGGAGAUCUGUUUGGAAGAAGCAGAGAUCAAAGGCCUGCUGGUCACAUGGUCGUUCAAGGAGCCUCCUGCUCUCUCCCUCACGGUCACCCCUAAACUACAGAGAGGGGGGAAUGAUGGAAAAGCCGACAUCUCCACCAUCAAAGAAUUGAUUGAAGAUACAAUUGUCAGCACCAGUCCAGCCAUGUUGAUCAAUCUCAAGGCACAUAUAGGAAACACUGUGGUGCCAGGGGAGAAACUUGGUAAGACAUCAGCUCCCCCAUCAAAGGUCGCUCUUAAUGCAGGGGGUAAGCUGGUGAUCAGACAGCUGAAGGCAAAUAUCAGCAGAGUGGAAGAAGCGGGUUGUGGAGAGGUGUGUUGUGUGCUGGAACUUGACAGCCCGUCACAGAUGAAACGAACAAGAUCUGUGAUGCCCAAGUCCCAGAGCCCAAACUCUGUUCUGAAGUGGAACGAUGAAGUAACCUUUGAGUUGGGAGCAGGAAGCAAGGAAAUGAAAGUGAAAGUCCUGGAAAGGUCUGAACAAAGUGAGAAUGUGCUAUUGGGACAGAGUGUGAUCCCACUGGAUUUAUCCCAGAGAUCACCAUCUGGAUGCCAGAGCUUUCCAUUAGCAGCCUCUCCAGAAACGUCGAACACUUCUGCUGGAUCAGUCUCGCUGGAGCUGAUUUACAUGGAGCGCACAGAUGCCAAGACAGCCCAGUCACAGGUCCCACUGCGGACCACUGUCACCCCAACGAAAAAAAUUGAAAUGGAACGAACCGUAAUGCCGGACGGAACUAUAGUGACCACAGUAACAACUAUCCAAUCCAGGCCUAAGUUCGACAGCAAAACAGAUUCUCCCACAAGGUCACCCUCCAAGGUGGAAAUAACGGAGAAGAGAUCCAUCAAGCUGGAUGAUAGCCCAGUCAGCCAACUUCCCAACAAUGUGGACAACCAGCUUGCUAAUGGUCUGGAUCCAGUCGUACAGACAGCGAUACAGCAACUGACAGAAUCUGCUAACAAGCCCAGCAAAAAGACACCCACCAAACGCAGCACGCUGAUCAUAUCCGGCAUAUCAAAGUCCCCCAUUGAUCAGGACGAAAUGGCUCUCUCUGUGGGUUACGCAGCUGCGAUGGAUGCCUCGCUGCAGUCUGAGGCUGGGUUGCCUGCCCUGCCCCACUGCAGCACCCAGACUGCACUGGAGUCGCCCAAGUCCACGGAUCCUCCUUCGAACCAGCGGCAGUCGGUCAGCCAGGAGCCGGACGAGGCCAUUGCAUCCGACAUUUCCGAGCGGCCGUCAGUGGAUGAUGUCGAAUCUGAAACGGGGUCAACAGGAGCACUUGAAACCAGAAGCUUGAAGGACCACAAAGUUGGCUUUCUCCGAAGUGGAACAAAGCUCUUGUUCAGGAGGAAACACAAGCAGAAGGAGCCGGGUUUCAGCCACUCGCACGACGACCUGUCCCACGUCAGUGACAGCCCUUCAUCUACGCGGAAGAAGUCGGGAAGCUUCUCUCGGAAGCUGAUCAAACGUUUCUCCUUCAAGUCCAAGUCCAAGUCAAAGGCUAACACCAACGGCAAUACUGGGGCAACGGGGAACUGAAUGCACUAGGAUACCCAGACAACAUUGUUGGAUUAGAUACCUGGUGGGUCAACUAUCUGGGGACAGGACAACAAGGGGCAAAGCACAAGGAGCCCAACCGUGAUUGUUGCAGUAACUUUUGUCCUGGGUUUCUUUUCGGUGACUUUCUUUGAUGGUUGGAGUGGUGCCGUCACUUGUGAAAGCCACUGUGCAGUAAACUUUCUCCCAAGUCUGAUCAUGUGUCGAUGGCAAAAAAAACAA